UGCUGGCACGGGGACCGUUGUUUUCCACCAGAAAGGAAUGGAGGAGCGCGUAAACUGAAGAGGAACUCGCUUUUGCCUGCUCUUACAGUAGUUUAUCCCAUCACUCCGUACUCGUCAGGCAACUUUAGGACGCGUGAGACAGGUACAGCUUUAUUUUCUGCAGCAUCUGCUGGUGCCAAACGCGAGGAGGAGGAGGAGGAGAGGCGAUGCGCCUUGCGGAGUGAGCAGAGGCUUUUCCUGGACCUCCACAUCUUCUCAUACAGUGAGGGCGAGAGGGAGGCGUGAUUGUGCGGCGCUUUGGAGAGAGUUCGCGGCGCUCUGAUGCGGUGGAGGUGCGCGCAAAAAGCCCGCAGGCGACGCGUCUGUCAUCAACAGAGCUUUGAGAAGCAGAAACUUUUAAUGGCCAAAUCAAUGGCUGUUUUAGUGCCCCGUGAUUCUGUGCACUGAAGUGAUUUGGAAUGAAGAUCUUAGUUUCUCUCCCGCAUUUAACGGAUCUGACAGACCAUUUCGUGUUGGCACCUCGGAUGGAUUUGCGAGUACAAUAAACAGACGUUUGCCAUUGCUAAUAGUGCGCUAACGCGCAAAAGUUUAAGUUGGCUUUGCCAUCGAGUUGAAAUGAUUGGGCUUCUGCAUAACUUAAUUCACUAAUUAGCAUUUUUAAACUCGCUUCAGCUACAAAAACAAAAGCACAAAAUGAACUUGUACGUCUUGAGUGUCCUUCUGACCUUGGAUUUAGCCACAGUGGCCGUCAGUUUAUCCACAUGCAGCACUCUGGACAUGGAGCAGUUCAAAAAGAAGCGGAUCGAGGCCAUCCGCGGUCAGAUCCUCAGUAAACUCAAGCUGAGCAGUCCUCCGGAGAUCUACCCCGAGCCCGAGGAGGUGUCCCGGGACAUCAUCGCCAUCUAUAACAGCACACGGGACCUGCUGCAAGAGAAAGCCAACGAGCGAGCGGCCACCUGCGAGAGACAGCGCAGCGAGGAGGAGUACUACGCCAAAGAAGUGCACAAGAUAGACAUGCAGCCCUUCUACCCUGCCGAGAAUGUCAUCUCUCCAACACAUUACAACCCGUACUUCAGGAGGCUCAGGUUUGACGUGAGCUCCAUAGAGAAGAACGCCUCGAACCUGGUGAAGGCAGAGCUCAGGAUCUUCAGGCUGCAGAACUCAAAGGCCCGUGUGUCUGAGCAGCGCAUUGAGCUUUACCAGAUUUUAGGUCAUAAAGACCUCACGUCACCCACGCAGCGCUACAUUGACAGCAAGGUGGUGCGCACCUGUACGGAGGGCGAGUGGCUGUCGUUUGACGUGACAGAGGCCGUCAGCGAGUGGCUGCUGCACAGAGGUAAAGGAGCGGGAGAUUGUGGAAGCCCUCAAGCCAUCGGGUUGAACAUCAGCUGCGUUUGUCUCCCAUCAUCCCACAGGAAUGUGCAGGACAACUGCUGUUUACGCUCUCUCUACAUCGACUUCAAGAAGGAUCUGGGCUGGAGGUGGAUCCACGAACCCAAAGGUUAUAACGCCAACUUCUGUGCGGGAGCCUGUCCGUAUUUGUGGAGCGCAGACACCCAGCACAGCACCAUCCUCGGCCUCUAUAACACCAUCAAUCCAGAAGCGUCCGCAUCUCCUUGCUGUGUGUCUCAGGAUCUGGAACCCCUCACAAUCCUUUACUACAUCGGAAAAACCCCCAAAAUCGAGCAGCUCUCCAACAUGAUUGUCAAGUCCUGCAAGUGCAGCUAGGAACCGAUCAACUCCGUUUCCGGAACACGCAUUCACACAGACAAACACACAGUAUUUAAAACCCAAUCACACACAUGCUGCGCAGAGUAUUUCCUACAAACUCUCAAAUGAUACCAAGAUGAUAGGUAAAAACACACAUCUGAAUGUGUGAACUUGUCGACAUGUGUCACAUCACCCGCUCAUCACUCUAUGGAUGUGAGUUUGGCAAACACUGGAAGUACGUGAUAGGUGUUUAUAUGUGAAGCAAGCGGAAGAGAAAAUCCCUUGUUCCAUUUAUUUCAAACAAACACUUCUGUUUUGUUUUUUGUUGUUGCUGUUGUCGUUCAUUUUGUUUCCUCAAAAAUACAGAUAUUGUUUGUUUGGUAAUAUAUAAAACCCAUUAUAUUGUUCACCAAUACUGGUGAAGAGCUGGAAACUUCUGGCAAACUGUUGCCGCAAACUGUACAGUUGUCGCAAAUGAACUUCGAGUUUGGUGCAAAUAAAGCCUUUUAUGCAUAAGGGUUGGCGACAGAAAGAUGAAAUAUUCCGGAAAGGUUCAUGCAAGCCUCAGAAACACAUAGUUUAGCCACCUUACAUGGUGUAAAAAAGGCCAAGACCAACAAGUUAUGUUGUUCCAAGCAUCCAAAAUACGUUUUGUUGCAUUGCAAAGAGUCAUUUAGAAACAUUCUCUACACAAGUACGCAACUGCAGACGCGAAUGCUGAAAAAAAGCAAAAUCAUUGCAUUCUUGUAUCACUGUGGCAGAAAAAAAUAGAGUUUCCAUCAAAUGUCUGUGCCAUUAAGCCAAAUGUUUAAUUAUGCAGAUAGCUGGAUAAAAACAUGUGGACAUUGCUCAGCAAAGAUUCUCUUCAAACGGUUGCUUUACCAUGACAGGAAUUGAUCUGAAAGAGAAGACGUUUUGUGCGCCCCUGAGAAAGCAACAUGUACUUGUGAUGUUAGUUGUGUUUCAGAGCUUAACAGCGUGUGAAACUGAGCUGGCAAAGCAAGAAGUGUUUACGAUUAUGUACGUAUAUGUGGAAGUGCGUUAAACGCCUUAUUCUGAAGUUUAUACAUUUAUGUCUAGCUAGCUCUUACUUUAUUCUUGACACAAAUCAUUUGUAAACACAAAAAUCCCAGGCAGAAAUGGUGCCUAUAACACGCACCUGAAAAUUAGUUUCUUUAGGAUGGGCAGAAGACAGUAUUUUAAGGUGACGUUGUUACAAUGUAAUUACACAAGUAUGUUCUGAGUAAUAUUAAUUAACUACAUGUGCUUAAUGUAGGGUUACGUACAUGUAACUAUGUCACCUUAAAAAAUAGUGUUCACAGUGAAUCAGCUGCAAACAGCCACACAUUUGCAUAAAAAGCAGGCGUUUCUGAAAAGAAUGACUGUGACUUUUAAGUACUCACCGCGCAGAGCUAUACCAGAGCAUGUCUUGCCUGGUUGAACUGGAAUAUGGGUGGUUAGUAAAUAACACGCUGGUAUUUGCGCUGAAAUACAGCAUGCAAAAGUGGCAACUUCGUGAAUUCAACUCAAGGUCCCUUAUUAGAGCAGGUGAAGCUGUGAUGUCACCAGUGCUGAAAGGAAGUGAUGUCAUCAGACUAGUACAGAGACUGAGGCGAUGGCAGGUCAUUUGCAAUACGAAUGUUUACAUGCACUAAUCAGAAUGAAUCCAGUCCGAAUCGGAUUCUCAAAGUUCUGUUUACAUGAGCCCUAAAUGUUGAUUCUGGUUUGCAUAUUUGUUUACAUGUGCAUUACAUUAAUCCGAACAAAACGUUAGCGCACAUGCAGUUCCCAGUCGCCACAUUCAUGACAUAUAUAUAUAUAUAUAUAUAUUUAGCAAAUAUUAAUAAAUAUUCCAUCUCCUCCACUGACCGGGUCAUAAGACAGAACAUGUAAAUAAACAUAAUACACGUUUGUAUGACGUAAGGCCUAUCGCUGAUGCAUAUUACUUACUAUUUUUGUGUAUUUUUUAAUCCGAUUGAGAAAAUAGUCAGAUUCAAGCAUUUACAUGCUUAUUUUUUCCUGUUUAAUGGAUUGUAUAAGGUGUGUAGACCUGCAAUAAUCCAAUCUACAA